CCGCUCGAUCCUCAUUUUCAUUCUGGUUUUCCUCUCCUCGCUGCAGCUCGUCCACCACAGCUGAGCUCGAUUCCUAGGGUUUCCGGUUACCUCGGCUCCCUCGGAGGACCACCGUCCCCGCAAUGUCCGACGGCGGCGGCGGCGGCGGCGGCGAGGGGCCCAACUGGCAAGGCCUCUUCAAAUGGAGCGUCGCCCACUCCGACGGCACCCGCCCCGCCCGCGACUUGAGCGAGGAGGACCGGAGGUGGUUCGUGGAGGCCAUGCAGGCCCAGACCGUGGACGUGAUCAAGCGGAUGAAGGAGAUCACGCUGGUGAUGCAGACGCCGGAGCAGGUGCUGGAGUCUCAGGGUGUUACCGCCGGUGAUAUCGAAGAUAUGUUGGAUGAGCUGCAGGAGCACGUCGAGUCUAUCGACAUGGCCAACGAUCUCCACUCAAUUGGCGGUUUACUUCCUCUUCUCAAUUACUUGAAGAAUUCACACGCGAAUAUUCGAGCAAAGGCUGCAGACGUUGUCACAACCAUAGUUCAGAACAAUCCUAGGAGUCAACAACUAGUCAUGGAAGCAAAUGGCUUAGAAUAUCUGCUUUCUAAUUUUACGUCAGAUCCUGAUGUGACAGUCCGUACAAAAGCACUUGGUGCUAUAUCCUCUCUGAUUCGUCACAAUAAGCCUGGAAUCACUGCUUUUCGUCUAGCAAAUGGUUACGUGGCAUUGAAAGAUGCUUUGAGUUCAGACAAUGUGAGAUUUCAAAGGAAAGCACUGAACCUGAUCCAUUACCUUCUGCAUGAGAAUGGCUCUGAUUGCAAAGUUGUGAAUGAGCUAGGAUUCCCGCGCAUCAUGAUGCAUCUUGUAGCCAGUGAUGACUCAGAUGUUCGAGAAGCUGCUCUUCGGGGCCUGCUCGAGCUUGUGCAAGACAAGGAGGACGGGACUGGCAGCAGACUAGCUGAGGACGAUGAGAAGCUAAAGCAGUUGCUCCAAGAACGUAUCAAUGGCAUGAGCCUGAUGUCACCCGAUGAUCUAGGAGCUGCUAGAGAGGAGAGGCAACUGGUGGACUCUAUCUGGAAUGCCUGCUACAAUGAACCUUCAUCUCUACGCAAAAAGGGGCUCCUUGUUCUCCCUGGAGAGGAUGCGCCGCCGCCUCCGCCUGAUGUUGCCAGUCGCCACUUUGAACCACCUCUGCGAGCAUGGGCUGCAGCUGAUGCUAAUAAGGGGUCUGAUGCUCAGGAGAGUAAACCGCCACUGCUAUUAGGACCUGGCCCUACUCCCGAUGCAGCUCCGAGAGAAGAAAAUGCUGAUGCGCAAAGGAAUCCGUAGGAGUCAGCUAAGUUAUUCUCUGGCUUCUCAUGGACGUGCUUUUAAAUCUGUUCGGAAUAGAAAGAUAGAAUAUAUUUUGUACCUUUGUAGAUGUAGAAACUUGUUCAUAUGGGUCCUCCUCAAUGAUGUUCCCCUCCACAUUAUAACAUAUAGGGCUGUCUUUUUUGUGGUUU